AUGCAUGGUUAUGUAACUCUCAAUUUAAAAAACAAUACACCAGUUCCUUCAAAAGAAACAAUUAAAAAUGUAAUAGAACAAUGGUGCACUACGAGAAGUAAAAAAGCUCAAGUAAAAUACUUAGCACUAAGCAAAACAACAAAAGGAAAUAAUAGACAUGUACACGCUUUUUUUGAAUUAGAAGAUAUAAGUCACGUAAGAAAGAGACCAUUCGUACAACUAAACAAUGAACAACACUUCAUGAAAUUUGAAAAAAUAACAGAGAAUAAAAGUUACGAUGGAAGUUUUAAAGCAAUCAUCGACUACCUGAAAAAACAAGGAGAUAAACACCCAGAUAGUGGAGCUAUAUUCGAAGAAAUGGGAAAAAUGGAAAAGAAUCGAGGAAGACUAGGAGAUAUCGAUUUAGGUAGAGCUUUAAAAAUGCCAACUUAG